AUGUGCUCCUAUUUAAUCAAGAUUGUAAUUAAUUAACACCACAUUCUCAAUACUUUCACAAAAGGAAAAAAAAAAGCCCCUCAUACAUUGCUACACAUAUUUUCUAAAAUGUCUACAUGUAAUAUGUUGAAGUUUCCAAUUAUGACUAUGAUCAUCUCAAUAGUCACCAUCUUGAUCCUAUCAUUUCCAUCCUCCAUUGCAAUAACCAAAACAAACCCACAUCCCUUUAAGAAAAUCUAUGCCUUUGGUGACUCUUUUACAGACACAGGCAACACCAAGUCAGUUUCUGGACCAAGUGGCUUUAAUCAUGGCUCCGACCCUCCAUAUGGAAUGACCUUUUUUCACCAUCCAACAAAUCGAUACUCAGAUGGACGGUUGGUGAUUGAUUUUGUGGCAGAAUCACUUUCAUUGCCUUACUUGCCUCCUUAUAGAUAUGUUAAGGGAAAUUCAGCUAAUGGGGUCAACUUUGCUGUGGCUAGUUCCACUGCUAUAGACCAUGAGUUCUUUGUUAAGAACAAUCUUACUCUUGAUAUUACUCUUCAGUCUAUUCAAACUCAACUUCAAUGGUUCGAUAAGUAUUUGGAAGAAAAUGUUGGGUGUAAAGCUCAGGAUGUGAAUUGCAAAGUUGGUGAUUUUCAUGAUGCAUUGUUUUGGGUUGGUGAGAUUGGUGCCAAUGAUUAUGCUUACACUAUUGGAUCCACUGUUUCUGGUGACACUAUUCGAAAGUUGGCCAUGAAUAGCUAUACUCAAUUUUUAACGUCAUUGUUAAAAAAAGGUGCAAAGUAUGUUGUAGUUCAAGGUUUUCCAAUGACAGGAUGCUUACCUUUGGCAAUGACAUUAGCUGCUGAAGAUGACAGAGACAACAUAGGUUGUGUGAAGAGUGUCAACAACCAAAGUUAUACUCACAACCUAGCCAUCUUAAACUUGGUCAAAUCUCUUAGAAGACAAUUUCCCAAAGCUAUCAUAACAUAUGCUGAUUAUUGGACCUCAUAUCUAACAGUUAUGCAAAGUCCAACCAAAUUUGGUAUCAAGGAGACUUUUAAAGCAUGUUGUGGCAUGGGUGGUGAACCCUAUAAUAUUGAUGUGUUUUCCUUUUGUGGGGCACCUUCUACCAAAGCUUGCCUAAACCCAUCUCAAUAUGUGAAUUGGGAUGGAGUUUACCUUACUGAAGCUAUGUAUAAAGUGGUCUCUAAUAUGUUCCUUAAAGGGUCACUUAUGAAUCCUCCUUUUAGUUUUUUGCUAGACCAAAAACUACACCGAGGAUAAAAAUGUCGCGGUUUAUUGUAUUAAUUGUUAG